AGCUGUAGCACUUCUUCUUGUUCUUACAUGCAUGUUCGGUUGUUUUGCUCGUCCGUUACAACCCUCCAUUCUCUCUCCAAUUGCAAAGAGUCACAAUGGAGGAGGGAGAGUACACAUAGCAGUUCAGCCAGAUGAUGUUGUGGACAUUAAGGGUCCUCAUAAGAAGAUAGAUAUGGAGAUAGAUGAUGUUACGAAGACCUCCACCAAGAUGAAAUUCAGUACCAGGUUAAAUGUCGUUCAGUCUGGGCGUUCCACUAUUCAGACCCCAACUGCUACCGAUAGUGUUUCAGGUGAAGAUGAGGAAAGUGGAAGUUUCAAGACGAAUUCUGUUUCUAAGCAGUCAGAAGUGAAGAUCAAUGAUGUGGGGAGUUUCACCGACUCAGUAUUCGGCGGCAUGUUGCCCAAGGGACCCAGUAUUCUGCGGCAUGUUCCCACUGGGCCUAACUGCCCUGAUCCUGAUCUCUGUCACGGUCAGUAAGAUCAGCGAACAUGUCCAUAAACGCAAUAAAUGUCUGAACUUAUUCAGGAAUCUCUAUCGUGUAAUAUAAAUGCAAUAAAUGUCUGAAG